AUGAAGUUCACCACCACCGCCAUCGCCACCCUGAUCACCGUGCUGCCCAUGGCCAACGCAUGGAUCUUCUCCACCACCGCCGGACAAUGGGACGGCGAGAACAACCGUCGCUGCACCAAGGCAUCCUCCCGUGCUGGCGAGAUCAUCGACUGGGAGAAUGAGUGGGGCUCAGACUGCACCCUGCGCGUGUAUAGCGACAGCAAGUGCCGUACCCAGAUUGGCAUUGCUUCGGAUGAUUGGAAUGAUCACGAGUUGAGCACUUCGAUGGGGAGCUUUAAGGUUUCGAGCUGCUGA